AUGGCGCUCUCGCACUCGAGUCUACUCAACCUCAUCCCCGCUACUAAAUCAUCCGACUCCGUCACUGGUGGUACAUCAUCAGCGGGAUCCAUACCAUCCGGCCGACUACUACCUUCGUCCACCAUCUCCUCUAGUCUUCGUCAUGUGCUAACUCCCUCCCAAUCCUUAUCUUCUGCUUCGCAUAAUGCCGCCUCCUCGCUCUUCCCCUCGCCUCUGCACUCGUUUCACCACGUGUCGCUUCCGCGCACCACCACCGCCGGGGCUGCGCCGGCUGCGCUUUCCGCGCACCCGCGUGCCAUGCUCCCACAAACCUCCCCAUUUCCUCAAGCCUCACGGGCGGCCUCCGCGUCGCCUGAUCAAGUCGCACUCGCAGCGUCCGCGGCGCCGACAAGCAUUUUGCGUUCCGAUAAAGACGCGCAGUCGUUUUCCAACGCACCGCAGCUUAAAGAGCGCAGCGCGCAGGUUCUUUCGGAGCUAAGGAAAGCAUCCGCCGCUGUUACGGUGUCCACCGCGUUUGCGCUUUCCGCGGGUUGCUGCGCGCCAGGCGCGGCGCUUGCGCUGGACCAACUCCCCCCUCCCGUUCCGCCUUCAGAGUAUCACGUCGCCAUUUCGACGACAGACAGCGCCGUAAAAUCCGGUCUACUUGCUGACGAGUUUAUCUCGCAACUAGAGUCUAUACCUUCCGCUCCUGCACUUGCCACGUCAGCAUCCCCAACCCCGGCGUCAUUAACGCGCCAGGUUUCACUGACAUCCGCGGGAUCCUCGGGCAGAGUGGUCUCGCCCGAGGCGCAGGAGGAGGCGAAGGCAAUGCUAGUGCGACAGCUGGAGGAGCAGGAUAGGCUGAGAAACGCUGAAGAGCGGAUGUGCGACGCGGUUCUGUCGCCCGUGAAGCAGGGCAUCGCAGGUCCCGACUCCUCCUCCUCGCCGGGUCGCUCGCGCUCCGUCACCUGGGCCGACUGCGCCGCGGACUUCCCGGCUGACGUCAUGGUUCCGCUAUCGCUCUCACCCGGCGGGAGCUUCAGCGGUGCAAGCGGAGACGGCGGAAGCGGGAGCGGAAUGCGCAGCAGCAACGGGUCGAUCGUGGCGGAGCCCGCAGUGUACAUGGGACCGGUUGGGGGGGGCGCGGCGGUGGCUUCCGCCGCCAUGGGCGGAGUUGCGACGGGCGGCCCGAUCGCCGCAACUGAGGUGUCGUUCGCGGGAGCGGCGGCGGCGAGCCUGACCUUGGAAAGCGCCGCUGCUGCUGCCAUCGCCAGCUCGUCUGGAGGUCUCUCCGCGAAGCUCGCGGCGAUCAUGGGCCAAUCGCUGCAGCAUUUCGGCGUCGGCGGAGUGGCGGGCGCAGUGGGCGCAGCGGCGGUGUACCCCUUAGACACCAUCAAGACGCGCAUGCAGGCGCAGCGCAAGAUCAAAGAGGCAGAUUCGGAUUCAGACGACUCGGGUCGAGACGGCGCGAUCGGCGCGAACGGCGCCCAAUUCCACUCCGCGGCCGGAUCGUCAACGUCAACGUUAGCGUCUGCGUCACCGUCUCUGUCUCCGACGCAGACGCACGUGCAGUACCGCGACGAGUGGGACUGCUUCCUCCGCAUGGUCCGCGAGGAGGGCCCCGCGGCUCUUUACAGCGGGCUCGGCGCGCAACUAGUCGGAAUCGCGCCGGAAAAGGCGAUCAAACUGACCGUCAACGAGGUCCUGUUGGCCAUGCUCGAGUCGACUAUCCCCGGAACGCGUCUGUGGGUCCUCGAGAUCAUCGCGGGCGGCGGCGGCGGGUUCUGCCAAGUGGUGUUCACGAAUCCCGUGGAAAUCGUCAAAGUUCGCAUGCAGGCGCGUAAAAAGCUCGCGACAGGGUCGUCCGCGUCGUCGAGUGAUUCGGAAGCGGAGGGCGCGGUAACUUCCGCCUCCGCCGCCGCCGCCGGCGCGAGCGGAGCGGUAGUAGCGGAGCCGCAGCAGCAAAAAGGGAAGACGUCGUGGCAGGUGGUGCAGGAGCUGGGUAUUCGCGGGUUGUACAGCGGUUCGAGCGUGACUCUAGCGCGCGACGUGCCGUCGACCGCGCUCUUCUUCGCGUGCUACGCGGCGCUGAAGCAGGUGAUGCCCGAUCAGACGUUCAUCGACGGGUGCCUCGCCGCGGUCCCCGCCGCCUACCUCGUGACGCCUAUGGACGUAGUUAAAACGCGCAUGCAAAUGGAGCCCGAGGAGGGGAAGGAGACGUACCCGAACGCGUGGGUGUGCGUUAAGGAGAUUGUGGAGGAGGAAGGGCUCGGCGCGCUGUUCAAGGGUGGCAUUGCGCGCGUGCUGCGCAUGAGCCCGCAGUUCGGAAUCACGCUCAUGCUGUACGACAUGCUGUCGCAGUAA